GGCCUUCUUGUUGUUUGUAAACAAAGAAAGAGCAGCUAAAUUUUGAAGACUUCGGGCCCGGCGCUGACCUGAACAUAAAAAUGUGAACACUUUUCAGAAAUGAUCGACGGUAUUCGAACAUACUUAAAGAGGACCCAGGUAACAAUAUUGCGGUAUUUCGCGCUGCAGCUGCUGCAGAGUGUAGUUUCGUAUAACAUUUAGGCGAUGCUUCGACAAGUCAGUCAGAGAUGGGCUUUUGGAUUGGCUCUUCAAUGGGAGCGCAGUUCGGUGAGAUUUGUAGGCAGAGUUCCCCGUGAUCCCGACGAACGACUAAUGCAGCAGGGCCACGGUCAACUCAGUCUGCUCGAGAAGUACAUGAGCGCGAAGCAGGCUUGUGAAGCCAUGCCGACACCUGAAGUAAACCCAUAUGGAGUGUUUGCUAAUAACGAGCUCAAUCUGAGUGGGAUCAAGGUUUACGGCUUCGAUUAUGAUUAUACGCUAGCCGUCUAUACGGGUCAAUUGCAUUAUCUCAUUUAUGAUCUCGGACGCGACUGGCUAAUCAAUAAAUUUAAGUAUCCCAAGGGUAUUGGUGAGUUGGAGUACCGGCCUGGUUUUGCCAUUCGUGGUCUACAUUACGACAUCAAGGAGGGUAUAUUGAUGAAGAUCGAUUUGUUUCAUCAAAUCCAAUAUGAAUCUGUAUACCGUGGUCUUACUCCGCUUUCGCGGGAAGAGAUCGAGAACAUUUAUGGAGGAAGCUAUAUUCCACAAUAUAUGAUUCGGGCAGGAAACGAGAAAAACCGUACGAAGCAAUUAAACGACCUGUUCUCUGUGCCUGAAAUCUGUCUAAUUUCAAAUGUAACAGAGUACUUCAUCAAGAAUAAUAUCGCUUUCAACCCUGAGAUUUUGUUUUACGACGUGCAAAAUGCGGUAGGCUCAAUCCACCCAGUCAUUCACAACAUGUUCAAUGAGAGUAACAUUGGCACCUACCUGGAAAAGUAUCCAGAACUUCGAACGUUCCUACAACGUCUCAAGGAAAAUGGAAAGAAGAUGUUUAUUGUGACCAAUAGCCCAUUUAAAUUUCUCGAUGUGGGGAUGCAGUACAUGCUAGGAGAAGAGUGGCAGGAAUUUUUCGACGUUGUCAUCGUACAAGCACGCAAGCCCAAAUUCUUCACUGAACAGUUGAGGCCAUUCCGGAUGUACGACAAGGAAACAAAGAGUCAAUUGUGGGAGCGUGUCGUCAGGCUCAAGCAAGGAAAAGUAUAUGUAGAAGGCACAGUUAACCAACUCCAACAAAUGACAGGCUGGGUGGGCCAUUCUGUGUUGUAUUUUGGCGACCAAAUUUAUAAUGAUCUUGCUGAUCUAACCCUCAACUAUGGAUGGAGAACUGGUGCCAUUCUUUACGAGCUCGCGCACGAAAUAAAAACAUCGAAUUCAGAGGAGUUUCGCCAUACAGCGAGUUGGUUGCAAACACUCCAGCAUCUAAUUGCGGAUAUGCAAGAUUCAGCCGACAUUCAGGAUUUUAUCGAUACAUUGCUCGAGGAACGCGAUCUGCUUCGAAAAACAACAAAAAGUCUUUUUAAUUCAAACUUCGGAUCUGUAUUUCGAACACAUCAUAAUCCGACGUACUUCUCCCGACGGCUGUUUAGAUAUUCGGACAUAUAUAUGAGUCACGUAACCAACCUGAUGAAUUACUCCCUUAACCAUACCUUCUAUCCUAGGCGUGGAGUCCUCCCCCAUGAGUGCUAUAUCCCUCACAGCUAAGCGCACCUUUUCUCCUACUAUUGCAAUUGCUCCCAGUGCAAAAUAUUGAGUCGUACGAGAGAGAGUUCUCUGGCCAGACCGAAUGAGACCAGACGGCAAGCAAUAUAUAUUUCUAUCUGUGAUGAAUCUGUGUAUGAAAUUGUCUGUCUCACAUUGGAAUAUGAUUUUUAACCAAAUAGUUAAUUUUCACUAUACCUGCUUAUGGAUUUAACUUGACAAUGUGACCGUCGUAAAUUUAUUUUUGAAUUCCCCUUUUCACUAUUAAUGUUAUUAGAAGCUUUUUUCAAUUUGUUUAUAGGGUUUUUCAUCAUAGUAAGUCCUCUGACGAAGAACAAUAUAUAUCAAUAACAAAUUCCAAUUACUAUAUAUAUAUAUAUAUAUAUAUAGUAUAUUUUUUUAUAUUGUCUAAAGUACACGAGUGGAAAAUCUGGUAUCGUUCUUUUGUGCGCCCUGUUGAUAUAAACUAUAUUUACGCUAUCUUUGAAUAUUGUUAGAAAAUUUUUUCAGAGAACUAUUUGACAUUGGUUACCCUCACUAUGAAUCCCUGUGAUUAUAUUAAUGGGGUAUGAAAUAAAAUAGUGCACUUGAUGAUGGAAAUGAACAAACGUAUAGGAGUUUUUGUACUAGGCGUGUACUUUUGCUGACAUAUAUACGCCGUUAUGUAGAUAAUAGUGGUUCUUAAGAUGACCGCAAUGGCAAUUUGAUGAGAUAAAAACAUGACAUUUACUUCAACGACAGCUGCAGUAGAUAUCACCACAUAUACUCUAGCGUUGAUUGCAUCUACCUAAUUUCUUGAAAUAUCAUCAGCUUCGCAUAAUUUCGUCACUUAGGUGGCUGCAGAUUUCGUUAGAUUAUAUCCCUUUUAGAUAUCGGAAUCGGCUUGUUUAGUAGAAGCGGUUCGAAGGUAUUCGAGGAACUCGAUUGCUAUAUGAUGCCACUGAAAGUUCUCUACUUUCUAAUUUUAGAGCUUUCUAAUGUAAGAAAAAACAACAAAGUACUUGUAUUGCUAUGCGUUUAUUUGAAUUCGAUGGCCUUCACGUCAUGCGUUUAGUACGUUCAUUUCAGUACGUUUGAGGAUCACGUCUAAUAACCGACUAAGUUACACGUAGUGCGUUCUUGCUGUAUCACAGAACUCUGAAUGGCUGAACCAGUUUUGUUUUGAAAAGAGUCGCGGAAUUCAGGAACUUCCAUAAAAGCUCUACAUUUACUCGUUGUCAGUGUUAUUAUUACAUAUCGAACCCGAUGAACCCGGUGAAAUCUAUUCAACAAAUGCAUGUAUUAAUUUCCUUGACACAGUUUGUUCAAUGUAUUUCGUGCCAAAUACGGUUUUACUCAAAGUACUCAGCUGUACUAAACAGGACCAUCUCGCCAGGAUGCCCUCGUUGAUGGGGUAUAUAGCAUCGACAUGUCCAAUCGUAAAUAGUGUACAUAUCCAUUACUCUAUAGAAUUAUAUAUUUUAGAAUCGCAAAUAAAUUUAAACCCUUGUACUA